AGACGCCUGUGGCAAAAAGUAACUGUCAAAUGCACGGCUCCUUUAACAAGAGCGAUCAGUCCGGCUCUGAGAGUCAUGGCGACUACAGCGUCUAAUCAUUACAAUAUUCUCACCUCCAGCUCCUCCAUCGUGCACUCGGAGCCCGGGAGCAUGCAACAAGGGACGGCAUACAGAGAUGCACAGACACUGUUGCAAAGCGAUUAUACACUGCAGAGCAAUGGGCAUCCUCUCAGCCACGCUCAUCAGUGGAUAACAGCUCUGUCACACGGCGAUGGGGCUCCCUGGUCCACCAGCCCCCUGAGCCAGCAGGACAUCAAACCCACAGUGCAAACCGUCAGGGACGAUCUGCACAAUUCAGGCGGCUUACAGCAUCAGGCAAGACCGCCUCAUCUGGUUCACCAGCCGCAUGGAAACCAUCAUGAUGCAAGGGCAUGGAGAACUACUACAGCAGCUCACAUCCCUAGCAUGGCAACAUCUAACGGACAGAGCUUAAUCUACUCACAACCCGGGUUCAGUGUUAACGACAUGAUUCCGGGCACAGGUCAAGGAAUGCACCACCACGGUCUAAGAGAUUCCCACGAAGAGCAUCACAGCCCGCAUCUCAGUGACCACGGGCACCCGCAGCAGCAUCAGCACCAACAGCAUCAGAGCCACCACGACCAUUCGGAUGAGGACACCCCAACCUCGGACGACUUAGAACAGUUCGCCAAGCAAUUCAAACAGAGGAGAAUCAAGCUGGGGUUUACCCAGGCGGACGUUGGACUAGCCUUAGGUACACUUUAUGGUAAUGUAUUUUCACAGACCACGAUCUGCAGGUUCGAGGCCCUGCAGCUCAGCUUCAAGAACAUGUGUAAACUCAAGCCUCUGUUGAACAAGUGGUUGGAGGAAGCCGAUUCCACUUCUGGGAGCCCCACCAGCCUAGAUAAGAUAGCAGCGCAGGGGAGAAAGAGGAAAAAGCGGACCUCUAUUGAGGUAAGCGUCAAGGGGGCUUUGGAGAGCCAUUUCUUAAAGUGCCCAAAGCCCGCAGCCCCGGAAAUCACUUCACUAGCGGACAGUCUUCAGCUGGAGAAGGAGGUCGUCAGGGUUUGGUUUUGUAACAGAAGACAGAAGGAGAAAAGGAUGACUCCUCCCGGGGGAACUCUUCCCGGAACCGAGGAUGUUUACGGGGACACCCCGCCACACCAUGGGGUUCAGACUCCUGUACAAUGAACAAACACGAACCCCCUUAAACUUUUUUUUUUUCAUUAUUAUUAUUGUUUCUCUUUAUUUCUCUUAUAAUAACAAACAGCUAAGCACUGGACUAUCCAAAACGGUAGCAGGUGUUAUGAUAUGUUUUUGACCUGUACAAGGGGAGCACCCAGGCAAUGCAGUGAGUAUAAAAAAAAAUAUCAGGCGCUGAGAUAAAUGGUUUGUUUCAGAAGAGAGAGACAAAUAAUAAUAAUAAUAAUAAUAAUAAUAAUAAUAAUAAUAAUAAUAAUAAUAAUAAUACGUCCUGUAAAGAUAUGCCCAGCACUGUGACAUGACACUGUUUAACGUGCAGCCCCCAUUGUGGAAAGAAUCCCUUAGAAAUAGUUCUGCACCGCAGGGCAAACUAGGGUUUACAUUUAUACAUUUUGUAUAGUAGAAUUCAUUGUAAUGCUUUGUACAGGGUAUUUAAAUCCACUUUCUAUAUGCAGAGACUAUUGUCUGACAGAUUGUGUAUGAACAAAUAAAACGCCAUGUUUACUACACCAA